AUUCCAUUUGUGUGGUAAAAUGGAUUUAUUUUGGCUCAGGAAAUUUGCAGUUCUACUCUGGAAAAUUUUUCUCUUGAAGAGGCGGAAACUAAUUGGUUUACUUGUGGAAAUUGGACUGACAUUUUUACUUUUGGCAUUCAUUUUGCUGAGCCGUAGAUUAAUGCCUAAGAAGUUUCAGAAUGCUUCCAUUUAUGAUCCUCUUCCUUUGAUACUACCUGUUUUCACUAAUACUUCAAUUGUAUAUGAGUUGGUUUAUGUGCCUUCUGGAAGUGAUGUGGCAAAAAAUAUUACUGAGAUGGUGAAAAGGGAAUUAAACUUCAAUUUUAAAGGUUAGCAAACAAAUCUCUAAUAUCUAAAAGU